CAGAAGCGGCGGCGGCGGAGCAAACGCAGGCGAAGGCGAGGGUGUGAGGGAAGGAGCACCAGCCAUGGUGCACGUCAACUUCUACCGCAACUAUGGUAAGACGUUCAAGAAACCAAGGCGUCCUUAUGAGAAGGAGCGUCUUGAUGCUGAACUGAAGCUGGUUGGUGAGUAUGGGCUGAGGUGCAAGCGUGAGCUUUGGAGGGUCCAGUAUGCACUGAGCAGGAUCCGUAAUGCUGCAAGGCACUUGCUCACCCUUGACGAGAAGAACCCCCGUCGUAUCUUUGAGGGUGAGGCACUUCUUCGCCGCAUGAACCGCUAUGGGCUGCUUGCUGAGGGUCAGAACAAGCUUGAUUAUGUUCUUGCCCUCACCGCUGAGAACUUCCUCGCAAGGCGGCUUCAAACACUUGUCUUCAAGGCUGGCAUGGCCAAGUCCAUUCACCAUGCUCGUGUCUUGAUCAAGCAGCGUCACAUCAGGGUUGGCAGGCAAAUUGUCAACGUCCCAUCAUUCAUGGUGAGGGUGGAGUCUGAGAAGCACAUUGACUUUUCACUGUCAAGCCCAUUCGGUGGAGGCCCCGCAGGAAGGGUGAAGAGAAAGAAUCAGAAGAAGGCAAGCGGUGGCGGGGAUGCUGGUGAUGAGGAUGAGGAGUGAGGAUGGACAAGUAGUGUUACACCAAUAUAAUAAUAUUAUCUAGUUUUCUUGAACUUGUUCGAAUGAUGAGUGCUUAGCUGUGUGAUCUGACGCAGAGUCCCCUGUGCUGACUCUGUGUCAUGGAUGGUCCAUUUUAUCUUGUGGUAUUAUCAGCCUUUACAUAACUGCUAUGUUUGGAUAUGUUCAAUUCUGUUGCAAUUUU